CUUAGGGAUUACAGCCUCACGGUUUACACCACAUUAUAGCGUUUAAAGUUGUUAAACUACACGUAACUGUUUUACACGAAUCACUCUUCUCUCUGCACUGCGGUAAGGUAGUAUACUGAACUACUGGUACUUUUACUGCAGUAGAGGCUCAGAGUACUUCCUCCAGCUCUGUUGUGUGAGUAAACUGUGAGUGUGUGUGAUAAACUAGUCCCGCAGGAAUGUGUGUGUGUCUGCACUCAGCAGCUCGUCUCUCUGUGUUGUGUUUCUUCGUUUUUAGCAGCAGCACUUUAACGUGCAGGCGGCGGGGCGUUUUCCAUGUUGUAACAUUAUCUUUGGCUCGAGAGCAUGAAAUCAGAACAACAAUAGAAAGCAGAGGAGCCGAGGAGGAGCGAGGUGGCGCUGGAAUAGUGAAGGGCUGUUCAUGGACGAGACGAAACUUUGAACUGACUCCUUAAGAUAAAGGAAAAGAACGAAAUCAUUAAUGGUUGAUAAUGAUACUACUAAUAAUAAUAAUGAUAAUAAUAUUGAUGCAUUAUUUAUAGGCACUCCAUCUAUUCGUUCUCUGAUUUUAAAAAAUGUGUUUUUUUUACACCUAAAGUUAAAAAAGUUACACCUCAAAUGUUUUAAUCUUAUUUAAAAACACUGGUGUUUGUAACUUUUUGAGCCAGAAAUUUCCAUUGAUGCGCAUUACCGAUCCUGUACAAAGGAAACAACAAAAAGUUAAUGGUGCCAAAAUAUUUUAUGUUUUACAUUUAAUCACAAAAAGUUAAUUUAGUAGGCUAUAUGUCAGUGCAAAGGCAUGUCAUAAUUAAUCAUCUGACUGAUAAAGGAGGCUGUAACUUGUGUUUAGCUAUGAGAAUGGUCCUUACAUACAUGAAUGAUCAAUUUGACGAGAUAUUUUGAACUUGGGAACCCGCCCCCACCCUCUGGUAUUCACUCCCUAAACCCAUCCAAGAUUGUACAGACCUCCAUACUUUUAAAUCACUCCUAAAAACACACCUUUUUAAAUUGGCCUUUGUGAACUGUUCUUUUAUUGUCUUCUCAUAUUGUGUGUUUUUUUUAAACCUUUAACAUUGUUGGUUUUAUUUCUCAACAGAUUCUGUAUUUUAAAUUUUGAUUUUCUUUUCUUUUCUUCUUUUUCUUUGUAAGGCGUUUUUGAGCACCUGUAAGAGUGCGUCAUAAAUAUAUAUAUUUUUUAUUAUUAUUAUUUAUUUUACUGAUAUGAAAUAAAGGAUACUGCAGAUUGAUUUCUUAAAACAAAUAGAAAAGUUACCAAUUAUAGCACAUCUAAUCUUAUUUUUAAAGUAAGAAUUUAAGCCAAACCCUACUUUAUUUAAACCAAACAUUCAAAACAGUUAUAUUCAUUUUAUUAUUAUUAUAUUCAUAUAUAUUGGAAACUAAUCAAAGUCAUAUGUGAAGAACUAAAAGUAUUGGAUCAUAAAAUAGUCUAUGUUUUUGAUGAACCAUUUGGAGCUAAAGAUCCGCUUUGUUACCCGAUUUAAAUGAUCUGAUCACUGUACGGAGCCGAACAGCCCAUCACUACGGUGGAGCAGGAGCAGGAGGAGGAGGAGGAGGAGGGAGGGGGGCAGCAGCAGCUUCCUCACAGCGGAAGGAGACGACGGAUCUCCAGCAGGACAAUGUGAGGCACGGAGAGUUGAUCCAACGCAGUUAGCCGCAGCCAGGAUGGACUCGGGAUAAUUUAGCGCGUUUUGCAGCCCAGUCUCAGCCUGAAUAUUGUUGGAAAUAUAAAUUUCGUUCUGCAGAGGAAGCGGCCGCAACGAUGGGAGUCCUGCGCUGACCGGAGCGCGGCGGCAGGGCCAAGAAACGGGAGAAAGAUGGGUGUCGUGCUGCGGAGCCUGUUGUUGUGUAGUUUUUGUUUGCUCAUACGAGGUGAGUUUCUCUAAAAUCUUCAUUUUCGCCGCUCCUUUCGUUCGCAUGGUGUCUGCAGGUGUAUAAAAGUGUAGUUGAGAGUUGUUAAAAUCAGUUUAAAGGGUGAUUUUUGUUGCUGUGUCCAGGCCAGGGCCCUCACUCCUGGGGUAGAUUUCUCCCGAGCGGAGCUAACGUUGCAUCCGAGGAGCAUUCACGUGCAAUUCGGAUGCUCGGAGUUCCCAUACUUCGGUGUUCGACUAUCCCACUUCGUUGUUUCCACUCAAAAACAGCUGAAAACCACCAAUUAAAUGUGACCAAUCUCUUUUGCGUUGAAUUAAAUAUGAUGACAGUAACUAGUAAAAUGACCGGACACUUUAGAGAAACUCCAAAAUAAGCCGAAUGUUGACAUGUAGUUAGUAUAUCAACUAUGUGUGUUGGCAGUUUAUUAGAACUGACCGAAGUUUGCUGUGUUUCGUCAACAAGUAUCUCAACUGGGCAAGUCAGGUACCAAUUUUCAGAGACUUUUCAAAAGCUUUCGGUUGUAGUCAGCAUUUACGUUAAAAUUCCCGAUUGGAAUUAUUUCUUCCGAUUAUUUCUCCAGCACGUGAACGCACGGUUAGCCAGGCUGCUAUACGUGCUGUGCCUCUCUGCCUGUUUGCUGCUGGGAGCAGAGGAGAAAGAAACCACAAACAGCCUGUGUUUAGCUGGAAAAAUACCCCAGAAAUCAUCUCCACCCCCACCAGUCCAUGUAUUCAGAGUAGAUUUAUUAUGUUAACUUAGUUUUCAGCGGCCGUUGGUCCACUAACUCCUGAUUUAGUAACUUACACAGAGGGUUGAUCGGUCAGUGGAGACGUUGGACUCGGGGAAACAUUUAGCACAACAAAUGCUACGUUAGCAAGUCAUUCAACAUGCUAGCAGCUAAGAGGCGAAAUGUAGCUGGAAAAAGAUAAAACCUUUGUAUAUAUUAUUUAAAAAAUGACACUUACUGCGUCUUAUUACUAUUUAAGUCACAUCUUCAAUUUCAGUCCAACCUAAACUGAUCUAAAUCUGAUAUGUUGUGAUGUUAUGUCGACGCGCUAACUGUUUACAGCCAGUUAGCAUCAAACUUAUUGUGACUUAGAGUUAAACUUUCUUUGGGUUAAAAAUAAUUCUCUUACAAGUGUAAAAAUCAACAGUUAUGUGGCAAUAAUAACCGGACAGGUUGUCUCGUGUAGUUUUCAGUCUCUUGAGCCUAAGAAAAACUUCAAAACUGUAUUUGAAACAACAAAAAAACAAAAGUGAACUUCAAUAAAAUGGGUUUCCUUUAAAAAUACAAAGAGAAAGAAGUCCGCAAAUCCUUUUUGACUACUUUCAGUUCCAAAAAGUUGAGAUACUGUUUAAAAAGUCAAUGAACAAGCGUCAUUAAACUGAAAAAACUGCAAAGAAAAGUUAUCAAAUGUUAAAACUCAAAACAUUUAUUGUAUUGGAUUUUAUUUUGGAUUUGAUUCCAGCUUCAUCUUUCACAAAAGUUGGGAAAGGGAAAACAAAACGCUGAAAAAAGUUCUGUAAUGUCAAAAAAUGUGAAGACAAAUUCAUACAUGGACAUCAUCCAGAAAUGUAAGGAACUUUUCUGAGCUCCAUUCAAGAUGGACUGAGACUAGGUGGAAAAACGCUCUGUGGUCUGAUCGAUGUAAACAUGACAUUCCUCUUGGAAAUCAUGGAUGCUUCAUUCUCCACUUUCAUAGGAGAGGGUUAAUCUGGCUUGUUGUGAGUGCACAGUUCCGAGCCAGCAGCCCUGAUGGUUUAGGGUCCACAGGGUUUUGGUUAUUCUGAAAAAAACAUAUCAGUUGUUGUGAAAUAUUUCAGAAAGCUCUCUAGAAGUUCAAAUUAUUCUUGUACAACUAAAGGUCCUUACACACCGGGGCUGACGCAAAUAUAGAAUGCGAAAUUACGAAAUAUUCUGAGGCGAAUUUUGACGCGCUUGCGAUGCGAUUUUGCGACUUUCCUGGGGGAAAAAGACGCGUCCCAGGUGGAAGUGAGAAGACUGACACAACAGCAGACUGAGUGUUUUUCAGUUCUGAUUAGACUCUAGUGUUGAGUUGUCUGUCUGUCAUGAUAGCAUGUACUGAGUCUGGGCCAGUACCAGAUAAGCACAUUAAACUAUAAUCCAUAAACGUAAGGUAACAACCAAGACCUAAUGGUGCUGUGACAGCAACGUUAAAACAAAGACGUUUAGCAAACUGUUAAACAAAACAUCGUCAUAUGAGAAAUCCGAUGCUAUGACUCUCCACAAGUUGUCCUUCAGGUCGUUAUCUUUGUAAUAUUUGUGUCUUUUAUCAAAAAGUACUCUGUUCUCAGACACGUAAACAAUCAGCCGGUCAGCCAUGUUGGAUAUGAAUCUGACAUCGCAACAACACGCAAUCUGAUUGGUCAGAAGUGGACACACAGUAUGCGAAACUUUAGAAAAAUCGACCGUGAUCCGAAAAAAUAAAUGCCGCAACAUCGCAGGAUGGGAAAAUGUCGCUGAUAUGAACGCUUCAAUUGACAGGAUACGGGUUCGAAAAGAAAUAUUGACGUCCAAAAUAAUCGCACAAAAAAAACACUCCCGGUGUGUAAGGACCUUAAGUCGAAAUGCUUUAAAUCUGAAUAAAAACAAAUUUUGAUGAAUGCAAGUUAUUUAGAGUCCAAAUUUAAGUGAUCAAGUGGUUUGGCUAAUUAGAAUUUGACUUUCUUUUAGCAAAUGCAUCUUCCAACUUAAAGAGAAAAAGGACCUUUUGGCUAAACUAAUCAAUUACAUUUACAUUUGACCAACUUGGCUGCAUGUUAUCUGACGUUUCUGUCUGAUUGAGACGGUGUAAAAAAGGAAGGAUGAUGAUAUUUCUGUGUGUCAGAUUUUUUGAUUUAUGGGCAGUAAGAGUUUUAUCCUCCCCAUUAGAUUUUUGAUAUUCUGCUUUAUAAUUAAUAAAAUACAUGUAGUUGUUUUCUGUUUAAUUGGGAAAUUUGUCACUCUAGUUUUAAAAUAUUCAAUUUCAAGUUUAUAUUUUUCAAGUUUAUUUCAGGUCGAAUAUCCAAGUUUAGUACUGAAGUGUACAAGGAAAGACAUGUAAUAUAAACAGAGACAAAUCUGUGAAAUAUACACUUCUGCUUUUUGUGGUUUACGCAGGAGUUUCUGGAAAGCCAGCCGAUUCAAAACAACUCAAACUGUCUAGAAAUACUCACGCAACUUUUUAUUUUACAGAUUAUAUUUUCUCAGUUUAAAAACGAAAGGCGCUCACCCUACUUUGAUGUAAAUGGAUUAAAAAUGAGAAAUGUUUAUGUUUUAAGAGUGAAAAUGAAGCAGAAAUCAGUGGGUGAUGAUGUGAGAAGUUGCUGAAAUAUGUUCUGAUUUGAAAGAGUUCUCCUGGUGGUGUGAAAACCGUCCUGAUGCGUCCUCCUGCGGAGUUCAGCUCGCGGAGGUUCGUUCGUCUGAGGAGGUUUGGAUGUAGUAAAUAUUUGCAGAGGGAAACUCCCCCCUGUGUGAGGUGAGGACGGACGGGCGGGGGAGCGGCAGGGGUCUCUCUGACCUGCUCUCUGGGUCUGGAUGUGUCAGGUUGUGGGUUCGGCUCAGAGCCAGGAUCCCGCAGAGAGGAAGUCCAGAGUCCCCGCUGCCACUCGCCUCCUCGGCAGCUCGUCGACAUGUCGAGUUAACACGACGAGCGGAGGGUUUAUUAUUCAGAAAGUUCACUCAGAGGGGGUCAGAACUGACACAGGUAACUGAAAAACCCCAAACCGUCAGUCUGGAGACAUUUAUCUGCUGCGGCUUGAACUCUUUUAUUACUCCAGGACGUUUUUAAAUCAGUUUUAUAACAUAACUUACAGCUGGAAUCAACAAGAGUCUAAAAAUACUUAAAAUAUUGUUCUAAAAGUGUUUUUUUUAGAGUUAAUGGUGACGGUUCUGUGAGCUGCAGUUUCCAGAGUCAAAGUCAGAUCCUCGCACACAAUUAAGAAGUUUAAAGAUUGUGUUUAAACAGACUUUUAAGAGUUAAAUUCUCAUAUUUAAAACUUGUUUAAAGGUGUAUUUCUGUCUAUUUACAACACCUUUGAAUAAAUAAUAAAAGGACAAAAAUGAACCAAAAUAAACUCAAAUGAAAACAUCAAAAGAUAAAGAAAAAAGACUAAAGGUUGACACAGGGGUCCCAGAGAUGCAGUCUAAGGUUUGUGGUCUCUGCAGACACAUGUUGUUGGUUUUUGUGAGUUAUUAUCGCAGAUUAAACAGUUUUCGUAUGUUUUUUACUACAUCUUUCUGAAUGUCGUAUUUCUCGUGUGUUUCAGGCGUACCGCUGCUCCUCUAUGCGAACCGGCGGGACCUUCGGCUUGUGGACGCAGCACAUGAGAAGGCCAACGCCACAGUGGUGGUGGGGGGGCUGGAGGACGCCGCUGCCGUGGACUUUGUAUACUCGCAGGGUCUCAUAUACUGGAGCGACGUGAGCGAGGAGGCCAUAAAACGCACCGUCUUCAACCAAUCAGGGGCCAGCGCCAUCCAGACGGUGGUCCCGGGGCUGGCCUCCCCGGACGGGCUGGCCUGUGACUGGUUAGGGAAUAAACUUUAUUGGACAGACUCAGAGACGAACCGGAUCGAGGUGGCCGAGCUGGACGGGACUCUGAGGAAAGUUCUGUUCUGGCAGGAGCUGGACCAGCCGAGGGCCAUCGCUCUGGAUCCAGAACGAGGGUGAGUCUGAGGGUCGGGGACGGCUGUGGUGGGUCAGUACUCCAGCUGGUGAAGGAUUGAUAGUUUUUGGUUUCUGCUUUGAGGUUUCUGCGCAGCACCUGUAGUGGGUUUCUACCAAAGCUUCCAUCAGCAGACCUGAUGGAGGCGAUCAGGGGAUGUGGUUCUGGUUGUUUUUGACACUUUGUUGUUUUCAUCAGCUCUGUUCUCGACAUACUGAGCCCUGGAGUCCUGUUUAAGAGUGAGUCUAUCACCUCAGCCGGUUCAGUUUACUCUGGUUUGAGCUGGGCGAUUAAUCCGAUCUCGAGUUCAGUUACCAGGGCUUGACACUAACUUUUUUCACAUGUGCUUCUAAGUUGGAAAAGUAAGGAACACAAAAGGAACUUUAGGGGCACAAUAAAAAUUGAUCAAAUAAUGUGUGUCAUAUUGGUCAACAUAAAUACUAUUAUAUGAAAUCAAUUUUAGGUCAAUUGGUCACGUUACAUGGAAGCUAUUGAAGGAAAACAGCCUUUUUCUGAGAACAUCAACUGGUAAUUUAUUGAUGGUCCCUUGUUCAACACCCAACGUUAACAGUGAUGGUGUCGAGUCGAUUUAACCGCGCUGCUGUUGCCAUUCCUGGUUAUGGAGAGUGAGAAGACACCGGUAGAUCCGCAGUGAAUGUCUGUCGUAUAGCCAACCUAAAACUAACUUCACUGAGGUAUUAACGUGAAAAAACAUAAGUUGCCUCUGCUGAUUUUUCGCAAAUGCGAGUGAAACAGUUGCACUGCUGAGCCCUGGUUACGAUUUUGCCUUUUCACGAUCAGCGAUAUGUUUUCAGUUGUGAUGAAACCAGAUGAACCCGAUACUUCUGAGCUUCAUGAGCAACAUCACAUCUAUCAGGAUGCUUGGACUUUAGGUUUGCUAUUGUUGCCAUUAGGGCCAGACUAAUUUAUCGGUGAGCCAAUUAAAUCGGCCAAUUUUAGCCCAUUUGAUACUAAUCGGUAAUCGGCCAAAACUCGCUGAUUUUCGCCGAUAUUUACAGAAAUAAAAUGCAGAGAAUAAGAUUCGGUUUCACUUCGAAAAUGUUCCGCCAUUUGAAAAGUUGGAAACGCUUUUCUGGUCCGAGUUUGAUCAGUCGGUCUUCCUGUCGGCAUGAAAAGUGGUACAGUACUACAGUAUAUAAAAAAAAAUCAUAUAGCAUACAGUAUAUAGUAUACGGUAGAUAUCUACAAUAUAUAUUUUUUAUAACUUCAUAAAAAUAAAAAUAAAAAUCAUCCGAUUAAUUGAUAAUCAGACCCCACCCCCCAAUAAUCGGUAUCGGCAUCAGCUCCUAAAAAUCCAUAUUGGUCGGGCUGGACACAGACAUGAGGUUAGAGUCACUCUGGACUCCUGAAUGCUUGAACUCUUUUUCGACAUAUUUCAGACAAGAAACUAAUCAGCUGAUAAAUUAAAGGUGAAGUUGGUGUUUUUAUAGCAGCUGUGGUGCAGAAACUAGAUCAGAAAUCUGUAAAAUAAGAGAAAGCUUUCGGAGUUCCUUCCUGUCAGAGCAGACAUUAGUCAAAUCUCUGCAGCUGGAUCUUCCCCUGCAGUAGAGAGGGAGGAGGGUGUCUGUGUCUCUGCUGCUUUGUCUUCAGCUGGUCCUGGAUCAGAUCUGGUUUCAGGAGGUCUUAGCGUCUCCUCCGUCCUCUGAGUGAGUCCUCCUGGAAGCAGAACAACGGCGUCAGUGUUGUGAGGGCGAGCGGCUCGCUGUCGGCAGCUCAGGAAUGUUUGAAUCAGAGAAAGUCUGAGAGAUCGGCACGUCACGACGGACGGGAGUACAGAUUCACAGAAAUGUCCCCGUUCAUGAGGAGACGUCGCGUUGGUUAAAGGGUGGAUGGAUUUUGUUUAACCUUACCUGACUAACUCUUGUGUUUUGUUUCUUUUGCUGAAAACAGACACAUUGAAAAAUCAUGCUGUACUGGUUAAAAUCACUUAAAUAUCCACCAUAACUGUAGUAGCAGUCAAAGAUCUCUUGUCCUCUUAUCUUUGUAGAAAUCAUGUUUUUUAAUUUAUCCAAAGUAGAAACUAAAAGUCCCUCCUGCUUUUGCACUUUUCAUGUCUGUAACACUCCUGGAAAUGUUCAGGUCGAGUCGUCUUCUCGCUUCUUCUUGAUUUUUAUGAAGGUGGACAUAAGUUUUGUUGUUGUCAUACAGAUCUUUGGAGCGUAGAGGUCAUAUAUGACUUAAAGUAUAGACUUCCUGGAUCCUGCCACCAUAUUUGGCAGUAUCAGCUUUAAAAAAAGAACCAGUACAACAAACCAACUUGCAGUAAAAUCCACUCGCUUUGUGAGACCGACAGCUUCCAGGUGCGUUUACUCCGGAACGGCUCCAAUGGCGAUUUUUGCCGUUCUCCAAUUCUUACCAGAUCCAUUUGAGAGGCGAAUUUCGUGGCGGACUACGGACAGCAGGAAUCGCGGGAACUCACAAGAACCCUUGGAUUCAUGUGCAAUUACACGAUAACGAGUUGUCUCUAAAGCCACAUAACCAUAUAAGCAGUGGCUUGUGUCCCUCCAGAGAAGGAAAUCCACUUCUAGACUUAUAAAAUCAGCAUCCUCUCAUCCAUGGUGUCGUCGGGGUUAAAUGUGUUUAGAAACUUUUCACUUGUUCGUCCCCGCCCGUUUGCAUGAUGUGAAAUAAGAUCUGCCUGAAACAUGUAGUGUGUCUGUGCCUGACUUCCUUUCUAGCAUGGGUUAAUCUAUCAUGAAUUUAUCCGGCAUGCUCCGGCGUCCAGAAAAAUUAGAACUCUUGCGAUCAGCUGUGGAGUCCGGCGAUUCGCAGCCGUACGAAAAGAAGCUGGUGGAAAUAGCUGCGAUCAGCGGAAAAGGCCUUUUUGUAGCCGUUCUGGAUGCGGUGGAAAUUGGGGGUUACGUGUUUCUGGGACAUCCAGGAAAAGAUUUACAUGUUUAAAUGAGAUUAUGUAGAUCUAAUUUACCCAAUAUAAAGGUAAUCUCUGGAUUUAAUUCAGUGACAUGGUUUAAUUUUUGUUGUUCGCUAAGUAUGCGAAUGAGAGGGUGACAUGUCAGUCAUGGUCUGUGGAGGCUGUGAUUGUCUGGUCCAAUCAGAAGCCAGAUUUCCUUGUGUCUGCAGAGUUGUAAAGGUGUCAGGACCUGUAGUGAAAUUUGAGCUCAGGUAGAUUUUUUCAAACAGGAAAUGAAGGAUAGAAUCAGUAUGAAUGAAACUGUAUCCACUCCCUCUCCUCCCCCUCUCCUCCCCCUCUCUGUAGAGGUUUAGCAUGAGGCCUGGGGUCCAUUAGGACUCAGAUAAAAGCCUGUGUAAUGUAUUCAUUAGUUUUAUUUAAAUGUGUGUUGUCGUCUUUCUUCCUCUCCUCUCUUGGGUUUCUAUUCAUGGAAACUCUUCCUCCUCCGUGUUUGAUGCCGCUCGGCGUCGGAGAUAAAAGUCAGAGCGAGCCGCUCGCUGACACACGGGGACGACGUGGCGCUCUGUGCCGCCUCACUCUGAUCGCACACUUGUUGUCGUUGUUGAUGUUUUCUGGUUUGUUUGCCUGAUAGAAACACAACUGUGACCUUCACUUUGACCUGCGACUCAAAACAGAUAUCAGUUAUUGAUCGAUAGUCUCAGAAAGAUGAAGUGUGAGCAGAUGUUCGUCACAUGCAGACAGAUGUCCCGCUGUAACACCAUCACUGAGGAUGGAACCAGACCCUGUAAAUCCACCUGACUGACCCAGAUCUGUAUCUGAGCCUCCUGUCCAAAGAUAACCUCUCUUGUUUCCCCUCUGUGGGCUCACCUGUGCACACCUGUGCGCCUCUCAGGGUUCACUGUACUGUCAGAACUUGCGUUUGACAUUUUGUUACUGACUUUUUAUUCUCCGUGUGGUUUGUUCGUUCUCCGCCGCUGCUACAUGAAAGUGAUGCCCCGGGGAAUCAAGUGUUUAUCCUGUGAGUGUGUUUGUGUGUGUGUGAGUGUGUAUGUGUGUGAGAGAGAGACAUGACAGAAAAACUCCUCAGGUGUUCAUCAAUAUAAAUCGGAGAGGAGUGUGUGUGUGAUGUUUUGUGAUGUUUGAAUGUGACGUGUUGAAUGCGGCUCUGAUUUACGCUCCUGUACAAACAACCACACUAGCACUAACCUGAGUGUGUGUGUGUGUGUGUGUGUGUGUGUGUGUGUGUGUGUGUGUGUGUGUGUGUGUGUGUGUGUGUGUGUGUGUGUGUGUGUUAGCAUGCAACAGGCUCUGAUGGCUGCCUAUAAUGAGAUGAAGAUGUUUGGUUGUUGUUUUCUUGUUUGACAAAGUCUCUCUGUCGACAGCAUCUGUUUCAAACUAACACACCGGAGAGCGCUGGUGGUGUUUGUGUGUGUGUAAGUGUGUGUUAGUGUGUGUUGGUGUGUAUGUGUGUGUGUGUUGGGGGGUAGUUGUAAGUAUUUCCAUUCAUGUGUCGAGUCUUAGGAGAGAGGAGAGACAGACAGCUAGCUGCUCCCACCUGUCAGUCAAAGAAGCCACGCCUCUUAAUUCCAAAUAUCUUUAAUCCUUGCUAAGGAUGGGAAUUAAGAUACUAUUGAUAUUAUUGAUUCUGAUGCCAUUAUCAAUACUGCUUGUUUGGUUGACAGACUAAAACAAAGAUCUCAACUACUGCUGGGUGAUAAAACAAAAACGAUAUUUAUCGCAAAUUAAUUUCCCUCCAUCAAUAUAAAACAGUCGAUAUGCUUUUUCGAUAGUCUGCAUUAAAAAGGACAAAAAUCUGUUCUCUAGGAUUCAGCUGAGUUUAGAGCACCAAGGUGUAUGGUGUGUGUCCCCGUUAAAGGACAUAGAUACAGAUGUCCAGUUUAGUGGUGGAUUUAUUUGACUGUGGGUCUGCGGAUAAAGAUAAAGAGCAACAAUCAGCACAGCUCACACCAUAGAUAACAUGAACAUCCAGUAGCAUGAGAUAGCAUUAGCCAUAUUUAUGGUAAACAAUGCAUUCACACAAUACAGCAUCCAGCUUGGACAGUGAAACAUUAUAAAACUCACUUCUGGCAUUUACACAAUAAACCCAGGAUGUGAAGGUGAAUACUGGACAAAAACAGGUAAGAGGAAAUUUACAAACUAUCCUCUGCUGCAAGAGGAGGAAAACUAAACUUUCGCAGCUCCGGCACCUCACACACAGGUACGGUGCGUUCAUGAGUGUAGGACAAAUGAAAACUCAUUGUAAAACACAAUAUAUGUGAACGGUGUUCACUGAAAACACCUAAACAACAUGGGCUUUCUAACAGGCAUUCUGCCAUGUCUCUAGCGCAAUGUCUUAUGACAACAUGUCAAAGAGACACUAAGACCUCACAGAUGCAGUAGCUUAUUGUUUUGCAAAAGACAAGCUACCGAUAAGCACUGUUAAAUAUCAACUUUUAUAUCAUGAUAUGUUUCGAUAUCGACUGGUAUUAAAAAAUAUAUCCUGAUUAACUUUUUCCCAUAUCGCCCAGCCCUAAUCUCAACCCCUUAUUAGCAUAGACAGUUCACAAAUAUGAGAAUAUUUGCUUAAAUUAACUCAUAAACCCUUAAAUAUUAUCUUUAUUUUAAGUGGUUGGAUUCAGACAGUCCAUGGAUACAGAGUGUGGAAAGCUGUCGGGCUCACAGAGCGAGUGGAUUUUGCUGCAGUUUGGUUUAUUAUGUGUAUGCAACAAAGUUUGGGAGCAUGUUGGUCAACGAUGGUACAAACUGUCAGGUGGAGAGAGGAGAGCAGGGAGAGAAGCAGGCAGCUGUGAGCCUGAAAAGUUCUGGUCCUUGAGUUUUUGAUAACACAGGAUAAAAUUCCUGCUCUACUACGAGUGAAAGUCAGACUUUUACUUUAUCGGGGCAUCAUCAGAAAUCAGUAAGAGCUAUCUGAAGAGCUCAGAGUGUUUUAGUUAUAGAGUUUCAUGAAUAAACAUAACAGAGAGGUUUGUUCUUGGGUGAUUAUGUUUAAUAAUCGUCAUCUCAGUAUCAAUAAUCCUCAUUAUGAUUUUUGCGGUCAUUGAGCAGCCCUAUGUCAGAGUUCGUCUUCACUAACAGACUUUGUUUCCGAGUCUGAGAAAUGACUCCGAUCUGCCACAGAAGCUGAUAUUUCAGGUUUAUUUCGGUCUUAAAGCAGAGAAGGAUCGAUUUCUCCUCCCGCAUGUGUUUCAGUUUUGAGUCAGGAUCGCUCUGUAGUCACUCUGCUCUCUGUCUGAGGAGAAAACUGGUUCUCUAAAUCCACGCUGGAACGCAGAGCUGGACUCGGUUCAACGUGGAUGAUUAAUGCAUCAGGUACCAAACACAAAGAGCUCUUGUGGUGAGGGGACCGUGUGUUUGUGUGCUCCACAUUUCACUGCACAUUUAACCCCCUCUGCUGCUUCUGCCCGCCUCACACACACACACACACACACACACACACACACACACACACACACACACACACACACACACACACACACACACACACACACCUGAACCUCCUCCUCCAUCUGUCCUCCUGUACCUCAGACAUGCAUCAAGGUGUAGUUUGAACAUAGUGAGUUUUAGAGCUGUUUGGUCCUGUGCUGGCUGGACUCAUGGACCGAGUAUCAGUGAGACUUUUCGUCUUUAUCUCUGGGAUUACACAGAGAGGAGCAGCAGCCUGUUAGCGAGUAUGAAACAUGUCAGUAAAGACCACACAGGACUUUUAGUUCCACUAAUUCAAAGCAGAAAAAUGUUUAUUCCAGGUAUGAUAUAUUCAAUUCAAUCAAAUCCGCUUUAUUUAUAUAGCACAUUUUCGAAAAACAUUCAAGUCUACAAAAGUGCUGCACAAUAAAACUAGAGGAACAGACACUGAAGAAAACAUCAAGAUGAAAUAAAUAAAUGCAGGUAAAAAACAUAAAACCACAAAAGCAUAAAAGAAAUAAAAGUGACAAAAGGGCCUUAAAGGACCUAAAAGGACAGAGAUCACACGACUCUCAUGCUGAACAAAAAGCCAAGGAAUAAAAAUGAGUUUUAAAAUGUGAUUUAAAGGUGGAAAAUGUGGGGAUGUUUUAAUCUCAAGUGGCAAUUUGUUCAAUUAUUUGGGAGCCACCGAUAUACAGAUACAGAUAACAAAUAUCUUAUACAGAUACAAAUACAGAUCUUAUCCUCCCAUUAACAAAGACAGUCCAUAAAUAUAAGAGCAUUUGCAUAAAUUAACACAUAAAUCCUCAGAGAUUCACUUUAUUUUAAGUGGUUAGAUUCAGACGGUCUGUAAAGCUCCUGGAUGUCCAAGGAUACAGAGUAGGGCUGGGCGAUAAACCGAAAAUUUACAGAUACUGAAAUUUAUGACAACAACCAACGUCGUUUUGCUCAUGUCGGUUAAUUUGGUGUCAAAAAAAUAAAUAAAUACAAGUUGGUUUUGGAUGUGUGUAGGUAGGCUAUGGUCUCAUGUCCCUUUAAGACUCUGUCCUACAUCAGAGACGUGACUCCAUCUUAUCCAGUCUGUAACAAAGAGGGAAAGACAGGUGAGGAGAUGGAGGACGGUUCAAAAGUUGUAGCUGCUGAAGUAGACGAAGUUAAUGUGGGAGGGGGUGAGCAGCUUGUGGAGUAGUUAUCGUCCAUUAAUGGUUAUCGAGGUGAACUGCUCAAUAUAUCGUGAUACUGAUUUGAGGCCAUAUCGCCCAGCCAUGUUUGUUGGUCAGAUUGGCUGAUAGAUCUGUCUCAGUGGAUUUAUUCAUCCUGCAGCAGUAGGAGAGGCCACGAUGGAUGCAUUUGAAUACCGUAAUGACUAGAAUAGACGCAUAUAAAACACCCUUCUCAAUUAAAUUGGUAUAGAGCUACUUAACCAGAGUUUGUGUGCACAGGUAUAGAGUUAGCCACGAUCUGCAAACCCGUUUACACCGUCAACUUUCAGACUCCAUGAUCCUGAGUUAAGCUGUGUCAGACAUGUUGUGUUUGAUUCUGAGAGUUUGAGGACCUCUGACAAUGAGGGUCACACUUGAACAUUUCCUGUCUUCUGCUCAAUUAAAUCUAGUUUUUUUGUCAGUGAGCUGAUAAAAACUGUCAGUUUGGCUUCGACUCACUGAAACAGCAGUUGAUGAUCUACCUCUCUGCCUCUGUCGCUUCUGCUUUCAAUGAAACAACUCCUUCACAUUCACACAGGUGAUUCAGUUUGUUUGGUAAAGACAGACUCAGACUGUCAGUCAGACUCUGACGUUUUUUUCUGUAUCUGGUGGGAAAAAGUCUGCAGUGGUCUGCAGGAAGAAGCGAACAGAGCGGGACAAAAGACUGAUCCAGGAAAAGAAGGGGGGUGAAGUUUGCUGCUGUCCAAAAUGAGCCGUUUAAUGAGUCCAAUUACACGGCUUUAAAACCUGCCUGAUGUCAUGACUGCUGCAGCCCCUCAGGUUGUGUAACAUGCAGACACAAAGAACGGAAAAUAAUCAAGAUUUACACAAUAAAGUGGGAUUUAUGGUAGCUCUACUUUAUUCUCACAGCUCAGAGAGCAACGUUUCCUCCCCGCUGAAUGGUUCCAGCUCAUAAAAAAGAGUAUUUGAUUGUUUUCUUGCAGCCUUUGACCUUUUCAGGCUGAUUAUUUGAAUUGAACACUGGUUGAUUGAAAGUUUGACAGUGGAACAAGUCCAGAAAAGACUCCAACCUAAACUCUAUUGAGGUUUUCUGCUUGUUUUUUGUUCUUUUCACACGGUGCAUGUUCCAGAUUUACCUCAAAAUAAACGCAGUGGGAUGAGAGGUGGUCUGUAGACGUUCCUGAGGGUGUAAUGUAACAGAAAGCAAUGCAAACAGGGGUCUGAAGUCGUCUCUGAUAUUGACUCUAUCUGUGUUUCUGGUUUCAAAGGUGGGGCUGUUUUCCACCAACCCUAAUCUGAGACCAGGAAAGCCUCCUCCUUCUCGUAUUUAUUGAUAUCCUCUCGGCAGUUCGCAGUUUACAAACCUCUAAUAGGAUCGAAGACCAAGCUGAUCAGUUGCACAAACAGCUGAGGUCGUUUUAGUCCGAGGGUCUCUGGUGGUCCGUGAGGGUUCAGGUUCAGAGGGCGGAGGGGGGGAGGGUCUGAUGCAGAUGAGUGCUGCUGGUGUGGAGGGGUGAGGGGCCGUCCAGCUGUGAUGGUAAUUAAGGCAAACAAAGAGGAGAACGAGCUGCACAGCAGGAAGCACCCCCACACUCCCCACCCCCAUCAAAACACCGCUCACACACUCACCCCCUCUGCCCUCCUUUAAACAACAAACACCCCCGUGGACAGCAGGUUCUGGUACCAGGAACUUUAAGUUUACAGAGCCCGCUGGAUUUUUCUGACUCACCUGCUGCGUUUCUGCACAGUUUUGUCCUGAUUUUCAAAGAUUUUUCCAGGGCUGACAGGAAAAAUAUCUGAGUAUAAAUCCUGAAAAUUCUCCCCGUAACCACCUCACACUGAAACUCCAGGAUCUUUUAGGGGUUCAAGUCUCUCAGGUGUGGUGAGGUCCAAAAUCAGCCAAAAAACAAAUAUCAGAUUAUAUCGGGCUGCAUCUAAAAUUUCCGAUAUCAACACUCUGAUACACCCAGUCCAUUCCAGAUCCCACUGCGGCACCUCUGGCUAGCAGCACCCGGAUCCAGCAUGCAGAGCCCAUGUGAUCACAAAAACAGUGCGUACUAAGGUCCUACAGGGCUUGAAGACCUCGGGCAUGGUGCCGGAAAUCUAGCUCGGGAUUUUUUUUUUUCUAAAUAAUGUCAAAAAAAAAAAAACCUAGUUAGUUAGAUCUGAUUAUGACCGGCAGAGGACAAAGACAGGUAAACGGCAAAUUUCAAAUGAUGGAUGCCAGGUACAUCAGUCAUGGAGAAGAAACAGCGAUAUUGGAAGCUGGGCUUUGGCGGAAGAGGCAGGAAAAGAUGGAAAGCCUCACAUUAGCUGGUGCCAAUGUCGUAAUAGUACAGACUACUAGCUACAAGAAUCAAAAACCGAUUUAUUUUACAAAAACAGCAGCUGGUAGCCGGGCGAGUGCGCAGGGAUCGUCUGCAAAUGACGAUACAAGAGCAAGACGCUGCAAACAAAAGUCAAAAUCUCCACUGUUAUACAGUAGAGAUCCCAAAAUCACCACACACACACACACCAAGGGACUCUUCAUACUACAACAGCUGUUUUAGGAAAAUGUGCCUUUUUAUCAUUUUGGUGAAUUUUUAUUGUUAUGAAUCAUGAAUAUCUUCCAAUAUGAAUCAAAAGCUCCACUGUCAUAUGUUGGCUGUGUGAAAAACAUUUGAAAAAAGAUGUUGCAGCUGAGUGCACAGUUUGUGUCAAUAUCGGUAUCUGCCGAUACUGAAGGCUACAAUAUCAGUAUCGUAUCAGAAGUAAGAAAGUUGUAUUGGGACACCUCUAACUGUAACAUACUGGGUUUUUUUAAUCUUCCAUGUGGAUGAGCUAAUUAUAUUUUGUGUGUUUUUGAGGUUCAUGUCCUGAUUAAAAACUCGUCGUCUUCAUUUUCAGGUACAUGUACUGGACGGAUUGGGGCGAGGUGCCGAAGAUCGAGCGAGCGGGGAUGGACGGGACGAAUCGUUCAAUGAUUAUUGACAGAGAGAUCUACUGGCCCAACGGUCUGACGUUGGACUACAGCCAGCAGAAACUCUACUGGGCCGAUGCCAAACACAACUUCAUCCACCGCUGCAACCUGGACGGAUCCAACAGGUACGCUUAAAUGAGCAGAGGGACCACCUACACUCGGGGAUUCACAGUCCGAAAAAGAAUAAAUCAAAUGAAAUGAAAUGGAAAACCCCCCAAAAGUACCAUCACUUUGAAUCAUAUUGAUAUGCUGUGUGUGUUUGUGUGUUCUCAGGGAGGUGGUGGUGAAGGGGGACCUGCCUCACCCGUUCGCUCUCACCCUGUACGAGGAAACGCUGUUCUGGACGGACUGGAACACACACUCCAUACACUCGUGUAGGAAACAGACGGGGGCGGACCAACGCAUCGUCCACUCCGACAUCUUCUCGCCUAUGGACAUCCACGUCUUCAGCGCCAAGAGACAGAAUAGCUGUGAGUCCAAACGUCCUCAGAGUCCGAUCUCUGACAGCAGUUUACACUCUUUAAUCAAUCUGACCUGAUCUCAGAGCGAACUGGAGUAACCUUCCCGUUAACAUCGCCUCAGAGUUUGUGGUCUCGUUUGUUAACUCUGACACUGAGCCUGCUGAUAUUUCUUAAUGUUUCUAUGUCAACAAAACCGUGUUCUGACUCAGAGCCACAGAGAACGAGUCCAAAACCCGAGUCCUGAUCUUCAUCGCCGGUUUGGAAAUCAGAUUUGUUUGUAAAAAGUAAAAAUAUUUAGUUUGAAAUGACAAAACUCAGAGAGUCUGAUUCAUCACUAUAAAGAAGGUUUCUCAGAACAGAAAACUGAACUUAUGUGAACUGAGAUCGGCACAAGCAUGUUUUACACCUCCUCCUCCCUCUCCUCUCUGUGGUAAUCAUGGUGAUUGCAAAACAGCGUUUAAGCUCCAUGAGUCAAACAAAAUCUGUCAAAUUUUGAACAUCAGCCACAAAAACCUGAGAGAGAAUUAAAGUCAAACCGAGGUAAAGUUAGAUAUUUCAGUACAAUUGUUGAAUAUUUCUUAAAUCAUAAUGAAAGGUUAAACUGUAAUAUAUUAACAUGUAAAGUUACUUCAGGGGUGCUGCUUUCGCUCAGUCAGUCACGGGUUUGUUUCCUGGUUCUGCUGUUUUAGAUGCGUGUUAUCUUUAAUCUCCUAAAGGUCUUUCCAGUUAAACGUAAAAUGCCCUCAAAAUAAUCCUCUGAAACAAUAACAUCAUAAUUUAUCACUUUUUAAUCCAAUUUUGUCACACACCGGCCAGAGGUCCUGCUCAACUAUAACACUGUAGAUUUGUAACUACACCACAAACCGUCCCUGUGCAGUUUUUUGACUAAGAUUACUGUUAGCGUCUCCGCUCUCUGCUGCUCAGAGCUGCUCUGUGCACUCUAAUCCUGACAGCAGAAAACCAACCUCACAUCAACAAACCUUUGAAUAGAUUUAUAAUUUCCGGAUCAUUCAGAGGAGAACUCAGACCUGUGUGGAUAAAACGUAAAAACUCUUCUGUUAAACAUAGUGUGCGUUUGUUUUGUGUGUGUGUUUACAGUGGCGACCAGCCCGUGCUUGGUAAAGAACGGAGGAUGUUCCCACCUGUGUCUCCUCUCCCCGAGGAAGCCGUUCUAUCAGUGCGCCUGUCCCACCGGAGUCCAGCUGCUUGAGGAUGGAAAGACCUGCAGAGAUGGUGAGGACGGCACUCUUCAUCAUCAUCAUACUGUUCUUGACCUGUGAAGAAAACUGUUUUUUCCUGAUUUAGUUUUCUUUGGGUCCUGCACCAAACCUCAUUCAUUUUUCCUCUGAUUUAUAGAAUUUCUCAUUUCAUGGUCUUGAUAAAGAUAUAGUUUUAGUCCAACAUCAAACCCUUAAUACUUUGUCCUUUAUUAUAAAAAAUGCACACUUUGCUGCUCUGUCUUCUGCUCCCUCUCAUCUCUAAUCUCUGGUAGGACCUCUUGAUUUCUUUAUUUAAAGUACAGCACAAAACCUCAUUCACUUUUGAUUCAAUUUAAAUCAAACUUACUCUUUUCCUAUCAUUUGAAAAGUUUGGAUGCUUUUAGAUUUCGGUUUCGGUUUCUACCAGGUCUUUUUUUUUGCUGAUUCAAAGAUUUUUGUGCCUUUAGAUUUAGAGAUGGAUUUUUUUUUUAAUAUCUGGCAAGAAAAACAAAAACAGAAAAACUAAUUUGUUAUUGUUACUAAUCUGAAAACAGGCAAGCUUCUGAUUUAGACUUUUUAAAUCCUUGCCCAGCUUUUCUUUGGUUUAAAAACAUGCCUCUUAUAGUGGGGCCAUUUAAUCUCUACUUUAAUCUUUCCUUCAAAUAUGUGAAAAUUGUUAGUGUUGAUUCAAAUUUUCACAAAACCUCAUUCACUGUUUCUCCAAAUUAAAAACUUUAAGGUUUAGAUUUAAUGUACAAGUAAAAUACACCAUUAAAACAUUUGUGUUUAAGGUUUACAAAUGUUAACUUCAACUAUGCAUCAUUUCAGGUCCCAUUGUAGACAUGUAUUCUCAGGGCAGCACCAAACCUCAUUCACUUUUUCUUCGAUUUAACAACUUUGAGGUUUAGAUUUAAUGUACAAGUAAAAUACACCAUUAAAACAUUUGCGUUAAAGGUUUACAAACAUUAAUUGGUCUAUGCAUCAUUCAGGUCCCGUUGUAGAUAUGUAUUCUCAGGGCAGCACCAAACCUCAUUCACUUUUUCCCUGAUUUUAAACCCGCCAUGCUUUGCUGCUCUGCCCCGUGCUCUUCCUCGUCUCUGAGCUAAAGGUUGUGUUGGGCUGACCUGCAGUUGCCGUGGUAACCCCACUCCAUCACCAGUGUUUGAAUGGCAGCCCCCCCCUCCCUUUCCUCCCUCCUCUCAGCCUCUUUUAUUUACAUUUUUUGGUUCAGUACCCCGGCCUGCGGAGCGGCGGAGGAGUAAAGGCGAGGAGGCUUUUGUGAGGGACGGGAUCACAUGUUCCCCCCGCAGACAAUGUCCCCUUUCACUGCCGGGGUUUAACUAUUUCACCAGAGUUUUUUUUUUUUUCUCUCUUUUUUUUUUCUGCUUCUUAAACCCGGGAGGGAAACGUGGUCGCAGUCUGACCUUAAGGCUGAAGUUUAUUGUUUGACUGCAGCACAAAAACCUCAAAAAGUUCAUGUUGGGAUGAUGAAACUUGCUCAUUUGUUGCUUUUGUUACGAAAAAAAACACAGAGCAACAGUUUGGUUUGGUUUUUGAGAAUAGAUGAUUUGGAUGAUGGGAGUGAAAGGUUCAAUCUGCAACAGGAAUACAAAAAAGAAAAUGAAUAGAGAACAAGAAAUCAAUUUAGAGGGCCAAUGUGCUGAUUAUCAGGCGGUCAUUUAAGGCAAAAAAGUAAAAGAAAAACCUCUUUAGUCUGACAUUUUUCUGCUUCUUUCUGUUAGACGUUAAAAGACUUAAACAGUGUUAUGUGCACUUUUUUCUCCGUGAUACAUGAAGAAUUUCCCCUGUAAACAUGUUUAAUUUAAUGAUUUAGUGCUGAAAAAGUAUAAAAGUUAUGAGUUGUAAGGUAACAUCAGCAGUUUUUAUCAAGACGAGUAGAAGAAAGUAAAGUAUAUUUGACUCUUUGCAGAGUAAAUCUGACAGCAGAACUUUUGAGAGAAACACUUUUGAUGAAGUUUGUUUGACUUAAUUCGGUUAUCGUUAAUCUUUUUCUUUCUGUGUUUUUUGGGUAUCGAGAUAGAAGCUUUAGAAAUCAAGUAGCUUGCAUUUUAAAUAUGAUCAAUCUCAUCAUUUUUAGUCACUUUUAACUUCAAAACAGACUCUAAGAAAUCGCUCUUUGCAUAAUCCUGCAUAAAUAAUUCAAAAAGAGAAAAUCCUGUUACAACCGGAGCUUUUAUUCUUGGAUGGAUUAUCCUGUAAUCAGUUCAUUUAUUAGAUGAUUAUGUUUCGAGAGUUUCAUGGAAAAGACUUUGCCGCCCCAGGUUUUUGGUGCUGGAGGGAGGAGGUUGAGUUUGCAGGCAGGAGUAGAAAAGUCUCGGUCAGGUGGAGGAUUUUAAACUGGAUACACUGAGAAACAGGAAGCCGGCAGACAGGGAUACUGUGGUCAGGACGCCUGGGCAAGUGUGAGAUUCUGACGGUGUGAUGAUGAAGCAGCAGUAUCACAGUUUCACAAGAUCAUGAUAUUGUUAAUAACAGUUUAAAAAUGUGUUAUUUUCUUACUCUGGGUGAAAAAACAGCAGCUUUUUUAAUUGAACACAAAUGCACCCUCCCUUUCUUCUGUAAAAACAGAGUGUUUACCCUUCCCCUCAAACGACUCUCACUUUUAUAUCAUCAUUAAGAGCUCGGAUGGAUGUGUAACAAAGUUCGGUGCUCAAAUGAAAAACUGCUGUCCUGACUUCGAGGUUGUGGGAGCAGAUCGAGUCGUUGAUUUUGAGGCAGAAGUUUUGGAUGUUUUCAGUGAGAGAUUCGGGACUGCUGAUAAUCGUACCUGAUCUGUCACAGUUGAGCUGGAGGAAGUUGGCUUACGUCCAUGUUUGCAUUGCGCGGUGACGGUUUGAAGAAGUGGAUCAGAUUGCUGUGAGGGUAGAUUUGGUUGAAUUAGAGAUCUGGAUGUCAUCAGCGUAGCGUAGCAGUGGAAACGAAGACUGUAUUUGUGUACAAAGGGCAUGUAGAGGAGGAAUUAGAGGGGACCAAGCAUUGAACCCUGAGGGACGCCUUUGCAGAUGUACUGCAAAAUAAGUGAAUAAAUGCAUUUUCAGGGCAUCUCUACAUUCUCGAAAGUCCCUUGGUUUAAAAUUUUCCAUCCAUAAUACGUCUCUGACUCCAUAAACAGGAUUGGGAACUGUUUGUUUUGUGUUUUGUGGACAAACUAUGUGUAAAUCUGUGACCUCUCUGACCCUCCAGGUGCCACUCAGAUGCUGCUGUUAGCGCGGCGGACAGACUUGCGGCGGAUAUCCUUGGAUACACCGGACUUCACGGAUAUCAUCCUGCAGGUGGAUGACAUCCGACACGCCAUCGCCAUCGACUACGACCCAGUGGAGGGAUACAUAUACUGGACGGACGAUGACGUCAAAGCCAUCCGCCGCUCGCUGCUCGACGGCAGCGACGCACAGUUUGUCGUCACGUCGCAGGUGAACCACCCGGACGGCAUCGCGGUGGACUGGAUCGCCAGGAACUUGUACUGGACCGACACGGGGACAGAUCGCAUCGAGGUGACCCGGCUCAACGGGACCAUGCGCAAGAUCCUGAUCUCUGAAGAUCUGGAUGAGCCAAGAGCGAUCGUACUGGAUCCUGUUGCCGGGUGAGCUGAAAGUCAACUUUUAAGUUAUCUGUCAUGACAACAUCUCCAAAUAAUCAGUUUAUUUCCCACAGGGUAGUCACAUGACUGGUUAUAAUUAUCGGCUUUACAUAAUUAGCAAACCAUCUCAGUCUUUUUUUAUCAACAUUUUAAAGACGUCCUCACUCUGUUGGAGUUUUACAGUCUCGCCAAAUGUCAUCAUUAAGACACUCAGAAGUCAGAGAAGUGAUUCUCAUGAUCUUAAAACUCACCCUUAGUUUCAUUUUUAUGAACCUCACCUGUAAACACACCCGAAACAACAAUAACAGUCACUAUUUAAAGCCUCCUCCAUCAUCACGCUGCUAAAAUAACAAGGCAUCGCGUGUAAAGACAAGAACUGAUUUUAUUAUCGGCAAAGACAAUCAGAAGAAACCGAGGCGUGUAGGUGUGCGUGUUUGUGCCGCAGAGAGGAGUGUCCAGAGGAGGGAGUGUAAAAUAAACAACUGUUAAAAGACAGAGGAUACAGUUUUACAAAGAGCUCAAUGACAGGAGGAACAAAGAUUUAUGAUAUAAAGUAGAAAUCAAACAAUUCAGAUGGUGGUAAACAAGUUGUAAACAAAGGUCAGUCAACAAAGUGCAGUGUAAGAAACAGCAUCAAGGAACUGUUGUUUUGAUACUUGUCCUGUCAGGUACAUGUAUUCAUUAAAUUGUGUGUGUGUAUUUUCUCAGGUACAUGUACUGGACAGACUGGGGCGAGGUACCAAAGAUUGAGCGUGCAGAUCUGGACGGGAUGGAGCGUGUGGUGAUGGUGAACACGUCGCUCGGCUGGCCCAACGGCCUCGCCCUCGACUACGAGGAGAGGAAGAUCUACUGGGGGGACGCCAGGACCGACAAGAUCGAGGUGUGUGUCAGUCCAUCAUAUAUGUGUGUGUGUGUGUGUGUGUGUGUGUGUGUGUGUGUGUGUGUGUGUGUCUUCCCCCCGUGAAGAUCAGCUGUGUGUGGGUUUUUGAUCUGGAAAGUCGUCUCCUGCUGUUUCAGCUGCUCCUCGCUGUGAAGGUUAACUGCUCAACACGACUUCCCACUGGGCAGGCCAGAGAAGCACAUGACACUUCCUGUCCACCUUCAAAAUAAAACGAAAGUGUCAUUUACCUUCAUGUUCACAGUUUUUAGAACAUUUUGUUUAAGCAAGAUAAAGUAUUUUUACUUCAAAUCCCUUAGUUUGUUUUUUAUUAUGAUACCAGAAUAGAUAUUUUCUAUGUAUGGUUCAGUCAGGUGAAAGAAAACUAAGUCAAUAUUUGGUUAUUUCUUACAGAUAUCACUGAGCUGAACAUUUUCAGCUUUAUCAUAGUGGUUUUAUUUUCCAAACUCUGACACUUUAAGCAUCUUUUAAUUCCUUUUUGUUGGUUCAAUCUAUCUCUAAAGUUUCUCUAAGUCUUCUUUUGGUUGUGAAGGAAAGUCUUGCCUAUUUCCUCUCCUUAAAGACGAAGUCUUCAGAAAACAGAGGGAAUUUGGACGCCAAAAUGUAGCCACUUGUGCUCGCCGCCUUACUGAUGACUAUUUUGUAAAUAAAGGCUGAUUUUUGAGUCUCAGCUGCUUCUGAAACCUGAAGCUGUUCAUCUUGAAAGACCUUCUUGAAACUCCGAGACGCAAGAUGGAAAUAACAUGAUCACAACAGCUAAUAAAACAACAGCUAACGUAUAACAGGGAGCUAUUGGGGCGCUAACGUCUUACCUCACACGUUUUCUGUAAAGGUUGUGUACAAAGUAACCCCACCACAAACUUUAUCAAACUGUUUAUAAGUCAUACAGCUGUGUGUAAAGUAACACCCUAAGCUGUGUCUGACUUUCUAUCAGGGGAAAAGCUAAAACGCGCUGAAACAAGAUUUGCCAGACUAAGAUAAAGAGCUCGUCUUCUGAGUUUGACAGACCUCCAUUAAACGGUGAAUCCUGAGUUAUAGUUUUUGUGUGAUUAUGUAUCUGCAGACUCUCAGAGAAAAUACAUUGGAGGAAACUAAACUUAAUCUUUGAACACUAUGAAAAAAAUCUGAUAUUUGGAAAACCUUAUCUUUAAAUGAAAUGAAUCAACAUCAAGCGGACCGUUCACUAAACUCCAGCAGGAGACAGGAUGGAUGUUUCUGUGUGGUCACAUUAAUCAGGAGGAUUUGACCCCCAGACUUUGAGACUUCUGCUGUUUUGGACUCGGUGAUCCUCUCAGUCUGCUGUAGAACAUAAAGAUCCGACCUGACUGCAGCCGUGGAGCUCUGAGGGAGUCGACGGUCCAGAUAUGUUGAAAAUAAAACUUUUUUUUCUCUCUCUGCGGUUUGUUUCCUCACGCCAUCUCGCCAUGUUCUCUGGUUUUUUAUUUUUAUGGUUUUCCUCUCUUGGGGUGGUGUGAUCCCCCCUCUCAGAGUCCUCCUCCUCCAGCUCUCUGAAGGUGGUUUUCGUACUGGUUCUGGUCCUGCUCGAUGAGGGAGGGGCUGCGGGGUCUCUGUUAGCCCCCCUUCAGGUUUCUCAGAGGACCCAGUUUCUGCAGCGAGAGCCCACAUCUGGUUUCGAUUGCGGCUCGCUCCAGCUGCGGUCGCUCUGUUUAGAAUCGAGGCCGAAUCUGAAACCGUCUCCGCACUGCGGUCACAAACCAGAGGAGACCUCUGGGCUGAGGCCACGAGCCCGGAGUGGAAACUUGACUUUAUAUUUAUACACACCGCUCUGACCCUGUAUAUGUGUGUGUGUGUGUGUGUGUGUUUGGAGGUGGCAGCGGGCCACGCUGGGCUGUUCUUGGAGCAGUGAGCAGCGUGGCGUCAGAUUAGUGAGAGCUGCACAGAUUACAGGCCGGCUGUAGAUUCCUGACAUUUCUCCUCUGUUGACACUUCUCGUCUCUCUGCAUGUUUCAGAAUAAUCUCAUCUCAAACGUCACUCCGCUUUAUGACUUUCACAGAUAACGUUUCUACUUCCUGAUACCAAGAAUUGAUCAUAUCUGACACAGAGAACCAGUUUAGUUAAAAAUGAUAAUAAAAAUAUUUGAUUAUUUUAGAUUUGAUGCAGCGACAUGUUUCUAAAGAGUUGUUUCAGGGUCAUGUUUCUCAUUAUGUGCCAUCACCUCUUCUUUUACCAACACUCUGUAAACAUUAGUGAACCCAGGAGACCAGUUUUUGGAGUCUUGAAAGUGAAGUGUGGUCCCAUUCUUGUGCUAGAUGUUUGCUACAGGUGACAUGUCAGGACUGCAUCAGGUCUUUUAUUCAGCAGGACUCUUCUACUACAGAGCCAUGCUGUUGUAAUGCUUUCAUCAUGAGGAGAAGGCACGACCUGUGCAUCUCCUCACAAGCGCUCACCCAAACCCCUCCUGAUAGAAACAACGUGUCUAAGCGGCCACCUGAAACACUGGCAAAGUCUUUGAUAAACGUAGAAAACUCUCCUCUUAUUCCAAAAUACAGAGCCGAACAGUUUUCAAAUGACUUCUACGUGUCAGGAUAUAUGCCUUUUUUUUGUAAUUCUGCCGACAUAAUGUUGACUGGAAACAUAAAAAUAUUUGUGAUGACCUCUCGUCGUCCAAAAGCCACGAGAAAAACACAGAAAAUUUGUUUUUAAAUUCAGUCAGUUAUUUCUUUGACUUGAAAACAUAUAAUACUUAUAAGCACUUAUUGGUACUUUGAUAUUACGAGUCUCCCAAUACAUCUUUUUUUACUACCGAUACCAUACCAAUAUUGAAACCUUCAGUAUCAGCCAAUACCGAUAUUGAUCUGAUAUUGGCACAUACUUGUGCAUAACAAGUUUUGCACACAGCUGCAACAUCUUUUUCGGACUUAAACAAAAAAUUCUGCCACACGGCCGACAUCACUCCUGCUUCUUGCUCCUUUGUUAGUACCUUAGUACACACUUUUGUUGUGAUUGUGUGGGCUCUACAUGCUGGAUCCGGGCGCUACUAGCUAGAGGUGCCAGUGCGGAAUCUGGAAUGGACUGCUUGUAUCGGAGUACUGAUAUCGGAGAUUUUAGAUGCAGGCCGAUAUAAUCCAAUAUUUGUUUUUGUCUUUUUUUUGCUGAUAUCGGACUGAAACUCAUUUACUCCUCAGACUUUCUGAUACAAGCAGUCCAUUCCAGACUCCGCUCCGGCACCUCUAUCUAGCAGCGCUCAGAUCUAGUACACAGAGCCCAUGUGAUCACAACAACAGUGUGUACUAAGGUACAACCUGCUUGUGUUGGAGUGCUGAUGAAGAUUUUAGAUGCAGGCCGAUAUAAUCCGAUAUUCGUUUUGUGCUGAUAUCAAACCUAUAUCCGAUAUCAAUAUCGUAUCAGGACAUCCGUAUUUGUUAUGUGACGACAUUAUUAUGUUUUGACUUGAGAUACUGGUCAAAAUCGUGCAAUUAUGUUUGUCAUGAAUAAAUUUAAGAACUUUUGUUUUUUAUUAACGGACACAAGAAGCACAAACUAUGUGGAGGUAAAAUAAGUGUCAAAGGUAAAAAAAAAACAACUUUUGCCGACAUCAAAUUUAAAAUAAGCAGAUAUUUUUCAUAAAAUUAUCGCUUGUGUCUUUUCCGUCGGUGAACCAUAGAAUUAAUCCACAGUAUUAAAGUCGUGAUAACAGCCUGACGGAGGAUUUAAACAGCCUUUAACUGAGUGAAAGUAUUUCAGCUCUCUGGCAGUUAAAGGGUUAAUAAAACCCGUCCAGCGCGCUUCAUGCCUCGUCUUUGUUCAGCAGAACUUUGUAGUGGGCUUCACAGUUUCUUCUCAUCCUCGUCGCCGUUUAAACUCAGUUCCAGGUUUUGUGGCGCGGCUCCUGAGCCGUCUCAGUUCUGGGUUUUUAGAAAACCCGUCUGCCUGCUGCUGCUGGAGGAAGUGAGAUGUCAAAGUUUGAGUGAGAGAAGAAGAGGAGGAAGAGGAGGAAAUGUGGCGGCCAUAUGCUGCCGCUGUUUGUUUGCUCGGCUGUUGCUUCUAAUUAGCGGCGCUGCGAUGUGCUGCCAGGUCGCCUGAGCUCCUCUGAGCGCGCUCAGUAGAGAGAAACACAAUGUGUGCCCAGCCCCCAUCUGUCCAGCCGCCGGGUAUGAUGGGAAAAGAGGACGUUAGAAAAUGUUUAAUGUUAGAGUCACAGGAGGAUACAGAGCGCCGAGUUAUUUAGAGUUUUAGAUUUAUUCUUUAAUUCAGACUUUUUUUUGUUGAAGUACUUCAGGGAUUAGGAUUGAAUUUAGGAUUAAAAGUUGAAGGUUUUAAGUUUAAGGUCACACAAAUAAAGUUGAGCGGGAGUGUAACCUUCAGCCUCUUCCUCCUCUCUCCUCCUCAGGUGAUGAAUAUGGACGGGACGGGCCGACGGGUGCUGGUGGAGGACAAACUUCCUCACAUCUUCGGCUUCACUCUCCUCGGAGACUUCAUCUACUGGACGGACUGGCAGCGCCGCAGCAUCGAGCGCGUCCACAAACGCACCGCCGAGCGAGAGUUCAUCAUCGACCAGCUGCCUGACCUCAUGGGCCUCAAAGCCACAUACGUGCACCGCGCCACAGGUGAGUCAAAGUCCGCUUCAAACCAGGUAAUCGCAGAGUCUGCAUCCUGUACGCUGACCCCCUGACUCCGCCUCCUCAGGUACGAACCCGUGCGCGGACGGUAACGGCGGCUGCAGUCACCUGUGUCUGUAUAAGCCUCAGGGCGUGCAGUGCGGAUGUCCCAUCGGCCUUGAACUCAUCGCAGACAUGAAGACGUGCAUCGUCCCUGAGGCCUUUCUGCUCUUCUCCCGCCACACCGACAUCCGCCGCAUCUCCUUGGAGACCAACAACAACAAUGUGGCCAUCCCGCUCACCGGCGUCAAGGAGGCGUCAGCGCUGGACUUCGACGUCACCGACAACAGGAUCUACUGGACCGACAUCACUCUGAAGGUGAGCGUGAGGAAGAGUCAGACCUCCACCUUCUUUUCCCUUCUUUUUCAUCUUCUCUUUCUUCCUUUCUUUCUUCACUCUUGCUGAUUUGAACUCCUCUGAUUUAACCGUCUCCGUCCCCCUCCCCUCUCUGCAGACCAUCAGCCGGGCCUUCAUGAACGGCAGCGCUCUUGAACACGUGGUGGAGUUCGGUCUGGACUAUCCUGAGGGGAUGGCGGUGGACUGGCUGGGGAAGAACCUGUACUGGGCCGAUACUGGGACCAACCGCAUCGAGGUGGCCAAACUCGACGGGCAGCACCGGCAGGUCCUGGUCUGGAAGGACCUGGACAGUCCCCGAGCUCUGGCUCUGGACCCGGCUGAGGGGUGAGGACUCGGGAAUAGAAGAAGAGGGAUCAUAGAGGACCAAAUGUCUCCUCCGUCUCUGACGCUGUUUCCGGUUUCCUGUUUCAGAUACAUGUACUGGACCGAGUGGGGCGGGAAGCCGAAGAUUGACCGCGCAGCGAUGGACGGGACGGGGAGGAUCACUCUGGUGGCCGACGUGGGGCGAGCGAACGGGCUGACCAUCGACUACGCAGAGAGACGUCUGUACUGGACCGACCUGGACACCACGCUGAUCGAGUCCUCCAACAUGCUAGGUGGGAGAAAUCGACUUUUACUUUUUCGUCUUCGUCCAGUUCUCUCUUUUUAACCCUCUUCUCCUGUCGAUCCUCAGAACAUCUUGAAUUAGAUUUUUAAAUUUCAGGCCAUAAAAAGACUUAUUUUCACUUGCUUUGACUGAUGCGUCUAAAUUCUUAAUUAUUCAUCACAUGAUUUUUUAAAAUGAUUCUAUUUCUUGGAUUUCUUUGCUCUUCAGUCACAAGAGCUAAUUCACUCUCUGAGUCCUUCAAUGUUUGUGUUUUUUGGCUCCUCUUCUUGAUUCCUUCCCGAACUUCCUGAGUUACUAAAGUUGGUUUAACUAGAGAAGCAAGUGGUCGGCAACAUUUAUCUCUUGAGGGGGUGUCUAACUUGUCUAAUUCUAAAUUAAUUAUACUCCGGAAUAUCCCUUUAAACCCAAGAAUCUGGUUGUAGUCCUGAGAGGAUCAGUCCCAGUCUGAUAUUUUUAUAACCUUUGAUCCUUCCUUCAUCGUCUCCUUUCUCUUGCGUCCUCCUCUCCAGGUCUGGACCGGGAGGUGAUAGCUGACGACCUUCCUCACCCGUUCGGUCUCACUCAGUACCAGGACUACAUCUACUGGACGGACUGGAGCCAGCGCAGUAUCGAACGCGCCAAUAAGACCAGCGGGCAGAACCGGACGCUGAUCCAGGGCCACCUGGACUACGUCAUGGACAUCCUGGUGUUCCACUCGUCACGUCAGGGCGGCUGGAACGCCUGCGCCUCUACCAACGGACACUGCUCCCACCUCUGCCUCGCGGUGCCUGUCAGCAGCUUCGUCUGCGGAUGCCCCGCCCACUUUUCCCUCAACUAUGACAACAAGACCUGCAGCGGUGAGACGUCAUAAAACUGAUUAACUCUUCAGACUUUUGAUUUCUUAAUUUGGCUUGACAGAAAGAACGAAGUUUGACCUCAUUAAUGUUUAAAAUAUUCACUUCAGCCGAUUAAUCUGAAGAAAGAAACUUAAAAACAAGAAUCCUGUCGGGUUUAGAGUUCACCGUGAUGUUUUCUGCUUUUACUGACACAACAAUAUGACAAAGGGUGAAGUACACAUGAUGAAAGAAAACAAAUAAUCUGAAAAAAAGUUUUUAAAAUAAAAGUUGUAAAUGCCAAAAAAUCACAAAUUCAGGAGUUUAGGACUUUGUUUAAAGAGAAGUUAUAAUUUUAUCAGAAUUUGUUUAUGAAAUAAUAUCUAAGAAUUGACUAGAAAAAACAGCAAAUUAUAGAAAUAAAGUAGCAAUGAGAUUCAGGAUGAAUUACAACAAACUUUAAAGAUCAAAAUUUUAAGAUUUGAUCUUAAAUGAAUGAGAAUGAGUCAAAAAUGUACAUGAAUAGAGUCACAAGUCUAAAAAGUAUAAAAAGUUCUCAAUUGAGUAAAUAAGUCAUUAUUUUUAUUAAGUUGAAUGUUAAUUUACAAGAAAAAAAUGGGAAUAAAAAAAUCAUGAUGAUAACCAUAUUACGACAAUAGAAAUGUGAGUUUAAAGGAUGAAGUCAGAAGUUUUCGAGAUAAAAGAAUAUGAUGAAGAGAUAAAGUUGUAAAUUUUGGAGAUUAAAGAUGUUCUUCAGCGAGUUUAAAGUCAAAUAUUUAUGAUCCUAAAGUUGUAAAUUUAUGACUCAACAGCUGAAGUAGAACAGCGGUUGUUCGGUCGGCUGGUUGCUUUUCUGAUCCGAUCUUUCUAUCAUAAAUUUCAGAUUCAAUUCUCUUAAUAUUACGUCUACAGAUGCUGAUACUCCUGACGCUCCCGACCAAAGUGAAAAUCUGACUUUUAAACAUUUCCUCCUCCUCCUCUUUUUUUCUCUCCCUCAGCUCCGACCUCCUUCCUCCUCUUCAGUCAGAAAACAGCGAUCAAUCGGAUGGUGAUCGACGAGCAGCAGAGUCCUGACAUCAUCCUGCCCAUCCACAGCCUGAGGAACGUCCGCGCCAUCGACUACGACCCGCUGGACAAACACCUGUACUGGAUCGACUCCAAGCAGAACGUCAUCCGCCGCGCUCAGGAGGACGGCAACCAGGUGAGGACGCUCCCGAGCUGUUUUCCUGUCUGAGACAUUUCAAAAUAAAAGCCGUAUCUAACGCGUCUCUUCUCCCCGCAGAGUAUGACGGUGGUGUCGGGCUCGAUGGGCGGAGCUAGUCAGGGCCUGCAGCUGUACGACCUGAGCAUCGACAUCUACAGCCGCUUCAUCUACUGGACGAGCGAAGUCACCAACGUCAUCAACGUGACCCGCACCGACGGCAGCAGGGUGGGCGUGGUGCUGAGGGGCGAGCACGACAAACCCAGAGCCAUCGUGGUCAACCCGGAGAGAGGGUGAGUGAGGUCACAUGAUCACGGAUGUGUAAAUACACGGAAACAGAGAGAGACUCCUCGGUGAAAUGUUGUCCUUCUGAACGAUCUGGGACUCUGCCAUCAGUUUCCUCCUCGUGCGCCAGAUUCCUCCGUCAUUUCAGACGUUUAAUUUCCUGUAAAUCAGCUCCAGGAUUCAUCAAAGAGUUCCUCGCAGGUAUCUUUAUUUAUCGAACAUCCUUCAGAGACGUGUUUAAUUUGCUUCAUGAGAGAGUAAAUAUCUUCACACACUCGCUGGUUGUCGUCGUUUCUCUCUGGGGUAUCCCGGGUCGCCUCGCGGUGCAGCGGCGCUCGUUUUCUGCCAUAAUUGCAGGUUUCCCUUCUGCAGUGAUGUCCGAGUCAUCAUGCGGCUCCGAGUCGGAGUCUGCGGAAGGAAACAAACAAACAUCUCCAAACACACCAGCAGCCUCUGAGCCUGAGCGUUUCCCUCUGCGUUGUCUCGCAGGUACAUGUACUUCACCAACCUGCUGGAGCGUUCCCCGAAGAUCGAGCGGGCGGCGCUUGACGGGACGGAGCGGGAGGUCCUGUUCUUCAGCGGCCUGGGGAAACCCGUCGCAUUGGCCAUCGAUAACGAGGUGGGGAAGCUGUUCUGGGUGGACUCGGACCUGAGGCGCAUCGAGAGCAGCGACCUGUCAGGUGAGUCUGAGAGAGGGACAGCGUUUCGUCACAAGUUCUUUCUGCUUGGUGUUUCGGCUUUAAGAGUUCCCCGUAAUCAAAUCACUUUUCGUUGUUGGGUCGUGAGAUGUUGCUGAAACGAGGAUCAGAUUUUCUGAUGUCGGUUUAUGGAUAAAAACAGAUCCUGCUAACUCUCAGCUGCCUUUGACGCUGCUUUGCUGCUACUUCUACCUAUAAAUGUUACUUCUCGCUGUGUGUGUUUUUACUCCCUUGUGUUUGGCCUGCAUCAGUCACACCCCCUCUCAUACGUGACGCUCAUCUGCUUGUGUUAACGUCAGGGGUCGUCCUGUUUUCGCCGUGAAGUUUAAACAUGGUCAAACAUGUCAAACAUCUCAUUUACUGAUUAGAAUGAGGUUUGUGUGACGGAUGCAGAGCAGACAGUGAGUGUCUGACGCUGUUCGGACAUUUGUGCUCAAUGAUGAGAUCUGUCCUGUGGUUUCCUCACUAAAACGCUCAACUGAUAAGUUACACAACCCGCCGUACGGCCCUGAAGGUUCCAAGAUUGAGCAGUCAGAGCGAGAUCAUCAUCAGGGCGCCGGUGUUUCAUAAGGUUAGAAUCAGAAUCCAGUGCAAAUAAAGGAGAUAAAUAAUAGAUAAAAUUAGUACAAAUAAAGAGAUAAACAAAUGUGCAAUAUAUACAGUUUUACAACAAGUAUGUACACUAUAUACAACACAAAAUAUGCAUAAAAGGUCCAGGUAGUAGAGCAUCACAGCUGACUCUCCAUCCUCAGCUUUGACGUUUCCGCGCUCACCAGUCGACUGGUGCCGAUCAGUGAAGGUGAAGAGGUUUGAUUGUUGUUUUUACAUGAAACAAAUUAAUAGGAUAUUUAUUCCUCUGAUGUUUUCUGUCAAAAAAGGAAGUACGUAAACUUUAUUUGUAUCGCACUUUUCACAGACAAAAGAGUCACAAAGUGCUUCACAUAGACAGAAAUAAAAAGAUGUACAUAAAAAUUAAAAGGCCAAGACAACAACAUUUAAACCGUCAAUUAGCCCCAAAAACAAUUAAACAAAUGCCUGAGCAAAUAGAGAAGUUUUGAGUUGGCUGUUUUAGUGAGAAUGAGACAAAUAUGAAUCCUGACGUCAGACGGAAAGUUUAUUGAAAAUUUAGUUUAUCCUCUCACUCUGACCGACAUCUUCAAAUGAAAACUAAAGGAGUCCUUUUCAGGUAGAGAUGACUUUAAAUUUUGUACUUCAAGUUAGGGCCCGACCGAUUUAUCGGCGAGCUGAUUAAAUCGGCCAAUUUUAGCCUGUUUGAGUGUAAUCAGUAAUCGGCCAAAACUCGCCGAUUUACGCCGAUAUUUUCAGAAAUAAAAUGCGGAGAAUAAGAUUCGGUUUCACUUCGAGUUUGAUCAGUCGGUUUUCCUGUCGGCAUAAAGAGCAGUAGCCUACAGUAGAUCUACAGUAUAUUUAUAUUUUUUAUAACUUAAUAAAAGAAAAAGGCACAUUAAUCUGUAAUUAGACCCCCCCCCAAAUAAAUUAUCGGUAUUGGCCCCAAAAAUCCAUAUCGAUCAGGCCCUACUAAUAGUUCAGUCUGUGUUCAAUUCAUCUGUCUGUUUCUGCUCUGUAACACUGUGCGUAUAUAUAUUUGCGUGUGUGUGUGUGUGUGUGUGUGUGUGUGUGGCGGCGGGGUAACAGGGAGCGAAUGUGUGAACACGAGACUCCGGACUCUUCUUUGGGGAGUAUUUUUUUUUCCUUGAAAGUUGAAGUUGGCUGCGAGCCUCGAGCUCAGCACAUUCCUGUGAUUCUCCAGAGCCCCACGCAGGCCGACAGGAAUGUAAACCAUCUGUGAGCGCAGACGAGUCACUUCCCCGAGUCCCAGUCCCUGAGAGAGAGAGUCACAGAUCGAGAGAGUCCCAGACCGAGUCCUCGUCCUUUUAGGCCCCCCUUUUUUACGCAGAACUGCAGGAAUCCUCCUCUGCAGGGAAACUCUGUCCUCUUCUUUAGAUGCAGACCGAGUCCUCCUCAGUGGGUGCAGAACUCGACACUGCAGAGGCUUCUGGUGCCCCCUGCAGGCCAGUCUGGCUAAUAACAGCUAGUCGAUAAGUGGCUUUUGCAGCAUGAAAUUGCAGGUUUUUGGACAUGAAUAAAACCCAAAAUCUUACAACAUUUAUACAGGAAAACACAACCUAAUCAGUGUCUUUAAGAAUCUUUAAUUAGCGUUAAAUUUGUCUGCGUUUUUCGACAUUUUGCCGCCAAGAAAACUUAAAGACAAGAAAGAUUUUGCCACAAAAGUUAAUUUAAAAAUCUCGACGUUUGGAUCAAAAUUUUAAGAGUUUAAAAGACAAAUUUGUUUAUAAUUUUAAUGAGAAUAAACAUUUUUAUCACCACUAAACCAAAAUAUGUUGAUAAAGAUAGAAGGGACAGAGGAUUAGAGGAUUUUAGAAAGUUUUGAAUUUUAUCUCUCGCGUGUUUUUGGUCCAGAUCUGCUCUUCUUUAAGAUUUGUGUGCAGAGGUAUCUGAUAAAGAAAAGAGUCAGUCGGACUUCGACUUGAAGAGUUUUAAUCUGCGUUAUCAGAUUAUAACUUUGAUGCAUGUCUGUUUCAAUCUGCUGUUUAGUUUCUCGUGUGUUAACUUGCCGCUGACUCCGCUGUAUCGCUGUCCCCUCCUCCUGCCUCCCCUCCUCCUCCCGCCUCCUCACCCCUCAGUUUCUCACCCGUUCAGUUCCCUCUCCUCCUGAAGUUUUUGUCCCGACAACCUUGUUUUGUUUCUUCCCCCUCGGUGCCUUUUUUGAAAAAAAAAACAAAAAAACCAGGAGCCAACCGGAUCGUGAUCGCCGACUCCAACAUCCUGCAGCCGGUGGGUCUGACCGUGUUCGGGGAUCACCUGUACUGGAUCGACAAGCAGCAGCAGAUGAUCGAACGCAUCGACAAGACCACGAGGGAGGGGCGAACAAAGAUCCAGGCCCGCAUCGCCUACCUGAGCGACAUCCACGCCGUCCACGAGCUCGACAUGAGGGACUACAGUGAGUCUGAGUUUCUGCUCGGAUCUCUCAGUCGGAGUCGUGUGUCAGGUCUCACCUGUCCUCUCUCUCUUCGCAGGUAAACACCCGUGUACGUGGGAUAACGGCGGCUGCUCCCACAUCUGCAUCGUGAAGGGCGAUGGGACGACUCGCUGCUCGUGUCCCGUCCACCUGGUUCUGCUGCAGGACGAGCUCUCCUGUGGAGGUGAGUCCUGCUCCUCCAAGUCCAAGUCCAGGUCCUCUCACUGGUUUGAAAAAAUCUGAGUCUCAUCUUGUUCCCCCUCCCUUCAGAGCCCCCCACCUGCUCCCCAGACCAGUUUUCCUGCACGUCAGGGGAGGUGGACUGCAUCCCGCAGGCGUGGAGGUGCGACGGGUAUCCGGAGUGCGACGACAGCAGCGACGAGGAGGACUGUCCGGUCUGCUCCGAGUCCGAGUUCCAGUGCGACAGCCGGCAGUGCAUCGACCUGAGUCUGCGCUGCAACGGGGAGGUCAACUGUCAGGACCGCUCCGACGAGAACAAGUGUGAAGGUGAGGCAGGUGAGGGCUCGCCUGAUGAGUACGGGGUCUGAGUAUCAAGAACCAGAACGCUCCAGAUCUCUUCGAUUCAGAAGAAAAGACGCCGCAGGUUCAAAGUUCAGGAUUUUCUGUUUCCUCUCUCUCUCUCUCAGUGCGCUGUCCUCCGGAUCAGUUCACCUGCUCCAACGGUCAGUGCAUCGGCAAACACAAGAAGUGCGACCACAACAUGGACUGUACGGACAACUCAGACGAGAUCGGCUGCUGUGAGUCCGAAUAUUAAAACACGAGUCGCCGUCACCUGAGAAGGUUUUAAACUUCAGCGAGGACAACAAACAUCUGUUUAACGAAGCUCUUCUUCUUCUUCCUUUGCGGUUUCAGAUCCGACAGAAGAGCCUCCUCCUCCUCCCAACACCACCAUCGGCUCCAUCGUGGGCGUGGUCAUGGCGUUGUUUGUGGUGGGGGCCGUGUACUUCGUGUGUCAGCGCGUCCUCUGUCCUCAGAUGAAGGACGACGGCGAGACGGUCACCAACGACUUCGUGGUCCACGGCCCGUCCUCGGUGCCGCUCGGAUACGUGCCGCACCCGAGCUCGCUUUCCAGCUCGCUGCCAGGUGAGACGACGAAGGCCGACGCCGCGUUUAUCUAACCGUGUGUGUAAAACAAACAUGGCGCUGAAGUGUGUGUUUGAUUUCUCCACAGGGAUGUCCAGAGGGAAGUCUGUGAUUGGCUCCCUCAGCAUCAUGGGCGGGAGCAGCGGACCGCCGUACGACCGCGCCCAUGUGACCGGAGCGUCGUCGAGCAGCUCGUCCAGCACCAAGGGGACGUACUUCCCACCAGUGAGCAUCACACACACACACACACACACACACACACACUUGUUUCUGUCUCCUCUAUCAUGUACCUGUUUUUCAAACGAACUGAGGUCCAUGUUUCUGUGAUAUUUCAGAUCCUGAAUCCUCCUCCGUCUCCGGCCACGGUCCGCUCUCAGUACACCAUGGAGUUCGGUUAUUCAUCCAACAGUCCCUCCACUCACAGAUCCUACAGGUACUGACUCUAUUCUCCUUUUUUCAGGUUAUCUGCAGAGUCAGCGGACCCUCGGAAACCGCUCUGGUUUCAGUGUUUACGAGACCUUCAGGGUGAUGCAUGAGCGCGAACAUCAGUCUGAACAUUUACAGCCGUCCCUCAUAAACACACUGGGCUGAUUUAAACAUUCACAUUAAACUCAAACUCUGCAAACUCUGAUCGUUUUUUUUCAGACAGAGUUUAUUUAGAUUAUUCUGCUGGAUUUGAGAUUUAUUUUAUUUAUUUCUAACAAACUCGACUCCAGCGUUCCUGGAAAUUACGUGUCUGGAAACAGAUUUCUGACUCAGUCCAAGUCUCAGAUUUUUUCGGUCAGUAGGAGAAAUGUUCAUUUUUUUCAAGAGUUUAAAUACAUGUCACGGUUAUAUUCGUUUCACCAGUUUAAAGGGAUAUUACAUCGUAAAAUUAAUUUAAGGUCAAGAACACUGUAACACCGGGUUAGACACCCCUGUAGGAGAUGAAUGUUGCCGACUGUUUGCUUCUCUAGUUAUACCAACUUUAGUAACGACCGCAGAUAGCAAUACACAGCGGUCUACGGAGCCAUAAACAAACCUCAAACAAAACGCCACUCUAUAGCCACAAAUAAUGCUCAGAACAGCACCUAACUUCAUCAACAGAACAUAUAGGGUCCCAGUCAUAGUUCAAGCCACCAAACAUCUUUUUAGCUUUGCCUAAUUUCUUUAGCAAAGAGACUAAACACAACUCACCUACUCUCUUCCAGCAGUUACUUGUUUGUAGCGAGACCUCAGGACAGUCCAUUACAGACUACAGCGGGGUGACGCAGCUCAAGGAAGAACAUUUAUGAUCAUUACUUUAUCAUUUCCUUGAAGUAAUAAUCACCAUAUUAAUCAUUUUGCACUGCAGACGCGGUAGUUCUUCUGCCUUAUCCGCUCAGUCUGAUUGCAUUUCCAUGAAGAAAUUGUCACAAAUGUUCUUCCCUGAGCUGUGUCACCCCGCCGCAGUCAAAAAUGGACUAGUCGAGGUCUCGCUACAAACAAGCGGCUGCUGGAAGAGAGUAAGUGAGUUGUGUUUAGUCUCUUUGCUAAAGAAAUUAGGCGAAAAGAUGUUUGGUGUCUAGUACUAUGUCUGUGACCCUAUAUGUACUGUUGAUGAAGUUAGGUGCUGUUCUGGGUAUUAUUUGCGGCUAUAGAGUGGAGUUUUGGUUGAGCACAUGGCUCUCUGUCACGCUAUUACUAAAGUUGGUAUAACUAGAGAAGCAAGCGGUCGGCAACAGUCUCUCGACUGAGUUUCUAACUCGGUGUUACGGUGUGUUUGAACUUAGAUUAAUUUUACGACGGAUUAUCCCUUUAAGGGUCUGUCUGCUGCCUUCAGACUGAUCAAAUAAUCAUCAAGACAGAAAGAGGGAAAUUUGCUCGGUGAACCCUCAGCAGCAUAACGAGGCGCUGACCUGGUCCUGAACCAGGACUAACUGUAAACCUUCGAACCUCAAACACUCGUCUUUAUUUAAACGCCUCUUUACUGAAUCUCUCUGUUUCUCUCUCUCAGCUACAGACCGUACACGUACCGCCACUUCGCCCCUCCCACCACCCCCUGCAGCACCGACGUGUGCGACAGCGACUACACGCCGGGACGCCGGGCGCCGCUCAAGUCCAGCGCCGCCGCCAAGGGCUACACCAGCGACCUCAACUACGACUCGGAGCCUUUCCCGCCACCGCCGACGCCCCGCAGCCAGUAUCUGUCGGCGGAGGAGAACUGUGAGAGUUGCCCGCCGUCGCCUUACACCGAACGCAGCUACUCCCACCACCUCUACCCGCCGCCGCCGUCACCCUGCACGGACUCCUCGUGAGCCAAACCCCCCCACAUAAUCCCCCCCUUCCUCCCUCCCUCCACACAGCUCCGCCCCCUCACUGUAAAUAGCAAUUGUGCAUAUAAGAGGUUAAAAAUGGGAAAGAGAGACUGAAGACGAGGAGGAGCGAGGAGGACGAAAAAGGAAAAUCGCCGAGGAGCGAAGCGAGGCGGGAGCUGCAGAACAUUUGUACAUUAAAAAGAGAAAAAGCAUAUUUAUAUAUUUUCUAUACAGUGUUUACUGAUGACGCCAUAGAGCUUUGUAUACAGAAAUUUGUACAUUUUCUAAGAAAAGGUUUUAUUAAAAUCAUCACAAAUAGAAGUUGCCUUAAAGCGGGAGAAAAAGAGGCUGAAGGACUCGAAGCACACGAUGAUCAGCGGACGGUUUCACUUCUCUGAUGCCAAAUAUGAAAAACAGCCACAGCUACAGGACCGGCGGCCAUCUUGUCUGUGGUUACUAUGGAAACUGGAUCAGCGGCGGCUGGAGGAGACGUGGUACUGGGUCUUUUGCUUUGAAUUUACCUCCUCGUUGUGACGCGGUGCGGAGGAGGAGGGCGUCCGCGUGGAUGUGAGUCAUGUGAUGAGUCACGGCAAUGCGCCGAGCUGAAGCAAUAACUCGAACUAAGGCACAUAUUUAUUACCAGAUCAAUCGAACCGGUAACCGCUCUGAGCUCUGAACACACCGCAGGCUCAGUGCGAUUAAAUCUACGGAGGCCCAAGAGGGACAGAAAGGUUUCUAAUAGUCACAGGAGAGAACAAAGCGCUCUCAAAGAUCUAAAGACAAUCAGACUCUUUUUUGGUUUGUUGUUUUCGUUUGAAUUUGGAAUCUAAACUCUAAAAACCACAAUUUUUUUACCUCAUGUUGCCUCUUUAAACUACACGGUACUUUUCAGCAAUUAAACUUGAUGGUCCCACUGAGAAUAAGCUUAAGUACAAAAACUACACGUUACAAUCUUAAAACCACUUCUUUAAAGCUUCAACUGUCUCACACUCAAACUUCAGCAGGUUCACGUUAUGUAGCAGCAGCUGCGUGCUGCACAAAACGACCAAACACGCAGCUGUUACUGUGUGUUAAAUUAGGUUUAAAAAGCAAAUUCAAUAUGCGUUUCCCCUCCUGGGCCUCCGUACAAACGCUCAAACACCCCCUUCACUCUAAACUCAAGGUCAGCUGAUGGCGACGUGACUCACAUCCUCGGACGUCCUGCCGUUCAGACAGGUUUUAAACCAAAACUAAAAAGCUUGUGUUUGACUUUUUCUUCUCGUUCGAAUCGUCCGAUGCUCGGAGCGCAUCAGAGAGAAACGACCCAAAGCUGAACACAGGCUGCAUCAUCCUCCUCCAUCUUUGUUUUUCGCUCUCUCUCCUGAGGAGGACGCGGCGUUUCCUCCAUGAACACGAUCUGUGCCUGACCAGUUCCACGUCUUCAUCUCUGUUUUUAUUAUUUUCAUGUUUCUGUUACUUUGAGGGAAAAACACACAGAGGAAAUCAGUGCCCACUAAAUGCUCUAUAGUAUUUUUGUACCACAUAUUGUGUAGAUACGUAUUUAUAAGCUAUAUAGAAAAUCAUUGUAAAUCUAUCCAUUGAAUUCUUGCAGUACUUUUCAUUCCGUCUUUUUUUAUAUUGCCUCAUUAUAUUUUUCUACAGAAAAUCACUUCAGACGUACGGAGACAAUCUCAGAUCAGUCAAUCGAAGAACAUAUCCAGGUUUUUAGUGUCUGUAAGGUCAAAGUUUGAAGGACUGUUGUGCCAAAAGAAUCUUUUUUAAUCGAUGUGGAGGCAGACGAGCCGGGACCAGAGGACGAACACCAGGCAUCCCUUCUGUUGCCUUUAACGAACAUCUGUUUUAUUAUUUUAAUAACUCAUUCUUGUCUUUUGUGAUUCUCGUGACUAACAGAAAUCUAUUUUUAAGAACUCGUCUUGUCGUCAGAGGAGUUUCGAUCUCAGCUCGGUUCGCCGUCGAGCUCCUGGAGGUCAGACUGAAGAGAAAAAAGUAACACCAGCAUGAAUCUGACAAUCUCGAACGUUCACGUCGCAGCAGAUGAAUCAGGACAGCGCUUCGUCAAAUGUCAGAGUUGAUUUAAACUUAGUGAGGCUUUGAACAGACUUUAUUGGAGUUAUCUAAAUUUAAAAACUUAAAUCUAAACAAAAAGAUGGAGAGAAUUUUGAUCGUUUGAAAAGCACCUCGUCAGAUUUUGAAUUUCUGCACAGACACAAAACUUUGGUGUCGAAUGUGACGCCUACAAGUUUCCCCCUUACAGUAUUUUGUUAAUGCAGCUUAAAAGGUCAGAAACAAACAUUUAAAUAUAUCUUUAAAACUUAUUCAAAACUGAAUCCUGAUCUUCUGUCAUUUGGCUUCUGUGAAUGCAAAGUUCAUUUUGGAUUUCCCUGAUUUGCAUUCACAUCAUCUUUUAACGCAAAUGAGCUUCUCUUUGGAGGAAAAGUGAGAAUUUUGAGGUAGCAAACAACUUAUCCUAGUUGCGCUGAAAGGUUGUGGUCUUUGUGCACAAAUAAUUAUCCUGUGUGCGUAAAAAUAAUCUGUUAAUUUUGCUCAAAAAUGGGCAAAAAACUCACUAUUUCGAUCUUUUCUUUACGGACGAGCGUUCAGUGAAAUCUUCAGUCUGUGAUUAAGUGAAAGUUAAACAUCGAACUGAUUUUCACGUUGAUCGUAUUUGUGGCCUUUAGAUUGUGCAGAAAAUCAUUUUUUAAAAAGCCUCAAUAAUCUGAAGACGGUUUGAAAUUAUGCCGAAGCGGUCCACGAGUUCAUGCUUUUGGCCCUCUGCUGCCUCCGUACAUCCUCGGCUAAGCUCUACCUGUGGUACAAUCACUCUGACUCCUCCAGGUGUGUUUUUAAAUUAAGAACAUAAAAAAAAAGAAACAAGUCAGAAAAACUUUUUGGGAGACGUUCUCAUUCUCUAACUGCACUUUACACGACUUUUAUUUUUUUAACUGAUUUCUGGUACAAAUCGUCGUAUUGUCGUGCAGCUGGAGGAAAGUUGUGUAAAAAAAAAAAGAAAUAAAAAAGGACGUUUGGUUUGUGUGUUUAAGAGUCCAAAAAAGACGACUGACUCAGUGAAGAUGAGAUUUAAGACUUCAACUUUCAUAUUUUUAUCAUCGGACUGGUGUUUGGGGACUUUCUCAAAGUGGUUCCAUCUUUUUUUUACCCUCAUUAACAAUUGUUAAAGACUGCAUUCAUGUUUUUACACCCUUCUGAACAUCAUGUUUUCACAAAAAGCUUUCAUGUAAUUUAAAAAUCCGUCUUGAAUCUGCUGUGAAAUAACUUGUUUUUCUGUUAAAUUUGAAAUUUAAGAUGAGCAAAAAGUGAAAAUUCUUCUUUGUUUGGACAAAAAUCAAACCAAAGUAUUUGAUUUUUAUUAUUUCAACCUUAUUUUUAAGGAUACAAAUUAAACGUUUUUAGGAGAGUAUGAAUUAAAAUUCAAGUUAAAAGGGUUUAAAAGAAUAAAAAUGCAUAGUAAGAACAUAUUUUACAGAUUUAAAGGGCCUAAAAUCAACCAAAAUGUUUUAGGAUUAACAAGGUUCAAAUUAAAAGAUGCAAAAAUGGUGAUAAGUUUGUAAGUUUGUAAAUGACACUGAAAAAAUUGACUCUUCUCCUUAAAAGUGUCUCAGCUGAAUCUGAUCUCGGACCCCCUUUUUUUUAAAUCAUAUUUCAGUUUGACACCCACCAUGAAUUUACUCUCAGGCUUCACAGACUUGGUAGGAAACUGUUUUCCACUAAAAAUCAGGAAAAUUCAAAGGUAUGACCGGUGAAUCAGAGUCCUCUUUGUGUUGUGGAGUGUCUCUGAUUCAGACUGAUGUUUGUCUCUGAGGACUUCUUGUACAGGUUGUGAUGAACGUGGUUGAAAAGGGUCAAAGGAAGUAGAAAUGUAAAAAGAUUGAAAAGGUCUUUUUUUUUUGUUUUUGUUUUUUUUAAAGAAAAAGCACUUUGGUCUCCAGGUUUUUUUUUUUUUCUCUGAGGUUCAACAGAAAAAAAAGGAGAAGUUUGUGUCGUCAUUGUUGUUUUUCAGACGUUGUCCUUCAUCCGUUUUGCUCUCAUGGUGCUCUGAGGAUGUUUGUGGAGACAGCCAACAUUUGGUUCGUCAUGUUCGUUUGAUUUCCACUGACUGUCCGUUUUUAUACGAUGACUGCUUUACCUGUAAACAGAGAAUCAGAUGGACCUGUACAGCCCAUCCAGCUGCCACCAUAAGCUGUUGUAACUCAUGAAAUGCUGAUUUUUUUUUUCUUUUUGUUAAAUAUAAAGUGAGUGAACUUUUAAAAUGAG